UUAGUACACACGUGCUGUGGAACAGACCCAAGUCACAUCACAACAAGCCGACAUUUGUUUUGAUAGCUAGCACGAUGGCGUUUCCCGGCUGCUUCAGUUUCAGCACCGACCCGAGCGCGACUUUCCUGCGGGGACAACAGCACGUCCUGCCGACGACUUGCCUGACCGUCCCCGGUGGCGGGCACGGGGUUACCACGGGAAGCGGCUCAGAGUUCCACGGGCCCGGACGAUGCCUUCAGUGGGCCUGCAACACUUGUAAAACCAAGUCACGAGGAAAAGUCGACAAGAGAAAAGCGGCGACCAUGAGAGAAAGACGGCGCCUCUCCAAGGUCAACGACGCCUUCGAUGUCCUCAAGAAGAAGACGUCUCCAAACUCCACCCGGCGACUCACCAAGACGGAGAUCCUGAGGAACGCUAUAGACUACAUCUUGGAACUCAAGAAGUUGCUGAAGGCGUCUGAAGAAGCCAGUGCCGGGACGUCCAAGGCGUACACGUCGGAGUCAGACCUGGACAGCGAGGCAGGCAGUCCGGCAUCCUACUCCGAACAGAGCUCGGUAGAAAGCCCGCUGAGUUUGAUCGCAGAGACGGAAGACUUGUCCUGGGACGACAUGAUGACAGCCGCGUCCAGUCUGCUCACCGACAUGACAGAAGAUUGCGGUUCCCCAGACUCGGGCAUCUCCAGUCUCGGCAGCCUGUCCGCCAUUGUGGACAACAUUACGUCAUUCGAUCAUGACCUCGACCUAUGACCUCACCUCUCAAGGUCACGAACUUGUUAAUGGCGUCUUUAGUACUGUACAGGCUAAUCAAGGCCAUUGUCUUUCAAAAGUAUUUUGAUAUUCAUUCAUUAUGUAUUAUUAUAAUUGUUGCAAAUAACGUGAUCCUAGCCGGAAAUUGCAAUGACGUAAUCAUAACCGGAAGUUGCAGUGACGUCAUUCCAAUUCUUAUGUACAAAACACAAAUCUUUGUAAAUACGACUAAAAUAUUUAACGACAAGAUUUAUAUUUCGGUAAUUUUAACUAACUUCAUGUUGUACAAAUGUAGAUAAGAAUGUGAAUAGAAUUUUAUAUGUUUCAAUCUGAGACAACCAAGUUUUCAAAUAAAUUAUG